AUGGAUGCUGAUUUAGCAGAAAAACUAAAUCGAAGAAUUCGUCGUAUUGAAUCAGUAGAAUCCUCUUCAGAAACAUCAUCCACUACUGGCAAUGGGCUUGCAGAUGACAUUGACUUAACAUAUCCAUUGACGAAUUAUGAAUCACAACGGUCAAAUGCAUUCAAUCCAUAUAUUGAAUAUAAUGAGUUUUCACGAAAACAAAUACAAAAUUUAAUGCAAACAUUUGACAAAUAUGAUAUCGAUGGAGAUAAAUCACUUAAUUUUAAUGAAUUGAAAUUUAUGAUGGAGAAACUGGGAAUUCCACAAACUCAUUUGGGUUUAAAAGAAAUGAUUAAACAAGUAGAUGAAGAUCGCGAUGGUAAAAUAUCGUUUCGAGAAUUUUUACUUAUUUUUCGAAAGGCAAUCUUGGAAAAUAAUGAUCGAGAAUGUGAAGCAUCUGUUCUAUAUAAACUCUAUGCAAUGCUAUUCGAAAUUGAUGUUUCAAAAGAAGGUGUUGGUGGCGCAAAACAGUUUUUUGAAGCUAAAAUAGCUGCAAUUAAAGAUAGUGACAAAUUUCAACGAGAAAUUCGCGACGAACAAGAACAACGACGUCAGAUGGAAGAGGAAAAAAUUCGUCGUAAAUCAGCAUUUCAAAGUCGUCUUGCACAUUUUCAAAUGACAUAA